AUGGGAACUUUCGAGGGCCAUCUGCUUCCCGGAGCCGCCUUCCUGCUACUCGGCUCGUGGCAGCAGUUCAACGUCCUGCGAGCCUUUUUCAAGCACCCUGGCAGCUUCCAAUCGCGUGCAUGGUUCCCAACAGCCACCACAGGCGUCAGGCGCUACAUGGAGCUGAUCUUCAUCGCACUGGGCGCCACAGCCUCAAUACUCAUCACGCUGCCAUCUCCCUCAUUCUUCCUCCUCCACGCCCUCACCUGCCUUCUCUGUGACCUUCUCCCGGGCCUCCCCCCAUACCUGGCACACUUAGUGGGUGCUUCGGCUCUGGCUCAGGAAUUUCUGCUUUUCCACUUCCACUCAGCAGACCACAUGGGCUUGGAAGGCCAUUACCACGUGCUGCUGAGAAUCCCCAUCGCUAUCGGGGCAAUCUGCGCGGCGCUUGAGAUUGCGCACCCCACAUCCUUCAUGCUCUCGCUUGUACGCGCUAUGAGCUUUCAGCUGCAGGGAGGGGUGUUUAUCCAAAUCGCGCUGUGCAUAUGGGUGCCCUCCCUGGUGCCCCUUCACUGCGUGCGCGAUGUGGUUGUCAACACGGUUGCAUGCGAGAGCGAGGUGUGGCACAGCAGGGCCGAGGCCCUUGCCACUCUGCAAUUCACAUGGUGGAGUGCAGCUGUUGUGCUGAGCACACUCAUUGCCACUAUCCUCGCCAAAAAGGCCUUUCAAGACACCUCGGAAGGGGUGUAUUCCAUUGUCGUGAGGGCACAGAAGGCUGAUAUCCCAAGGGACAUUGAAAUGGCAGACUCCAAACCACUGUUAGACACUCCUUCAUCUGACGAGGAAGUUCUGAAGGGAGAGCCAUUCGCAGGCGCUGUAAAAGCGUGUGCGGGUGGAUAA